CACCCAAUUCGACACAUGCCUGCCGGUGAUCACCGUGGCCGCCAAGGCUCCCAGCCACCUGCUAUGCUGUUAUAAAUACCACUCACAUAAGCUCCCGGUCCCAUCAGAUCCGGCCACUCUGCUGACCUCCUUCUUCUUGCUCUAGCACUCUUCACUCUGUUCCGAUAAACACCAGCUACAUACGCCCCACGGGGUACGCCGCCACCGAUUGAUGGAGGUCGUCGAGGACAUCGUCAUCGCCGGCGCCGGGCUCGCGGGCCUCGCCACGGCCCUGGGGUUACAUAGGAAAGGGGUGAGGAGCCUGGUGCUGGAGUCGUCGGCGACGCUGCGCGCGUCAGGGUACGCCUUCACCACAUGGACGAACGCCUUCCGCGCGCUGGAUGCCCUCGGCGUUGGGGACAAGAUCAGGGAGCACCACCUGCGCUACGAGAGGCUGGUGGCCUUCUCUGCGUCCACAGGCGAGGCUGCUGCAACAGUGAGCCUGAAGAUGCAGGGCAAAAGCGGGCCUCACGAAAUCCGGUGCGUGAAACGUAACUUCCUGCUGGACACGCUGGAGAACGAGCUACCUGAGGGCAGCAUCAGGUACUCCUCCAAGAUCGUGGCCAUCGAGGAAGAAGGCAACGUCAAGGUCCUGCACAUGGCCGACGGCUCCAUCAUCAGAGCUAAUGUUCUGGUAGGGUGUGAUGGCGUGAACUCGGUGGUGGCGAAAUGGCUGGGCCUCCCGAAGCCGAUCCUGUCGGGUCGCUCCGCCACCAGGGGCCUCGCCGAGUACCCGGAGGGCCACGGCUUCGGUCCCGAGAUGCUGCAGUUCAUCGGGCAGGGGUUCCGGUCCGGCGUGCUGCCAUGCUCCGACACCUCCGUGUACUGGAACUACACCUGGUACCCGUCCCCGGCCGACGGGGACGCGGAGGAGAGUGUGGCCAAGAUGCGGCAGCACGUGCUGGCGAAGCUGGGCGCCACCAAGAAGAUCCCGGCGGAGGCGCUGGACGUGAUCGAGCGGAGCGAGAUGAGCGAGGUGGUGUCGUCGCCGCUGCGGUUCCGGUCGCCGCUGGCGCUGGUCCGGGGCAGCAUCAGCAGGGGCAACGUGUGCGUGGCCGGCGACGCGUUGCACCCGAUGACCCCGGAGCUCGGGCAGGGCGGCUGCGCGGCGCUGGAGGAUGGCGUCGUCCUCGCCCGGUGCCUCGGCGAGGCCUUCGUCGGCCCCGGCAACGAUGGCGGGUACGCGUGCGUCACUGCGGCGCUGGAGAAGUUCGCCGGGGAGCGGCGGUGGCGCGCGAUCAGGCUGGUCACGGCGGCGUACGUGGUGGGAUUCGUGCAGCAGAGCAACAACGUGGCGAUCAAGUUCCUCAGGGAGAAGUUCUUGUCGGGACUACUGGCCAAACUGAUGGUCGACAUGGCCGACUACGAUUGCGGGAAGCUCUAGUUCUGUUCUCAACGUCUGAUCGCGGUAGGACGAAAGUGUACGUACGAUGAGAUAAUAAAAUGAAUUGAAAUGGGCACAUCAAAUCCUGUUAUGAGCUGAUGAUUGCAGAGUAAAUAAAUAGAGAUAAUUUUGACAUUGAUGUAAGCAAUGACCAUUAAGUCCGUCCAUCCACAUGGGACAAACUUUUUGCAGAAUCAUUUUUCUACGAGGAAA